CACGUCACUAAUUCUACUUCUGGCUCCGAACCAUGCUGGGGUGGUGCAGCAAUUUUACAGCUGUCUAGAGCAACGCUUAUUGUCCCACAAACAAUUGGCCUCUUCCAUGUUCUGUCAUGCGACAGUAAUCUGCUGAUCUCUCGCGAUAAUAUCGCUCCCGUGACUAAAGUUACGGUCGCUUGCCAAAUCUGCAUACAUUCAAUGGAAAAAUUGAUUUGUGAAUACACAUUGAUCUUUAAUCAAUGUGCUAAG